AUGAAUGUAUCGGGGACAUUGAGCUUCUUCAGACUCUUCAGAGACCCUUCUCUAUGCUUGCCUCAUCAUACUGUCUCCACCUUCAACCAUCUACCGAUUCCACUUUCUCGUGCUUUCAACAGAGCAGAUGGUGAGAAGAAGGUAGACAUCAGGGCCGUCGUGCUUGACAAGGACAAUUGCUUUGCUGUCCCAAAGGAGAAUGAGGUCUACAAACCUUAUACAGAACGCUUUGAAGAACUCCGCAAAGCAUAUCCUGGAUCUCGAUUGCUGAUAGUGUCAAACUCCGCUGGAACCCUGUCAGAUCCUACUGGAGCAGAAGCAGAUCUCUUGGAGAAGAACACUGGAGUCAAAAAACCUGGCUGCCAUCCCGAUGUGUUAUCAUAUCUUCGAAAUGCACCAGACACAGGAGUUACACACCCGUCUCAAGUCGCUAUUGUAGGAGACAGACUCUUUACCGAUGUGAUGAUGGCAAACAUGAUGGGCUCAUACGGCUUCUGGAUCAAAGACGGUGUUGUAGAAGAAAAAGGACUCUUCGUGAAACUCGAGAGAAGUCUUGCAGGCUUCCUCACUCGUCGUGGCUACAUUCCGCCAUCUCCCCAAAACCAGUUUGAGUAA